GCCUUGCAGGCGGGAGGACGCUCGGAGAGGCGCGGCCGUGGGCAUCGGGCUCGCGGCGAGGGGAUCGGAGAGGAGAGCGGCCACCUUCGGGUCGCCGUCAUGGCCGAGUAGGCUGCGUGCGGAGCGGCCUCGCCGGAGUCCGGCUCGGGUUGUUCCUGCCUGAAUCGUACACGGUGUCAUUGGUUUUUUUCGCUUCUUACAGGUUCGAGUCUUCAGACAGACGUCUAGAGGACUCCAUACCUGCCCACCAGCUGACAUUCCUGGUCACAUAAAAGACCGCCAUUCAGGACGCCGAGCUAUUGUGAUGAAAAUCUCUUUCCUGCCCUGGAUCUCUCCCCUCGCUCUCUGCUUGGCUGCAGUGCUGCCUGUCACCUUUUCUGGAGUCCAGCUGUAGUGACUCCCUACCCCCUUUUCUGCCUGUGUGUAAAUGGCACAGCAUUUGGUCAGCACAUCUGAGAAAGAAGGUGUGAAAAGCAAAGGCCAUGGCUCCAUUCCGCUGUCAAUCAUGUGGCAAGUCCUUCCUCACCCUGGAGAAGUUCACCAUCCACAAUUAUUCGCACUCCAGGGAGCGCCCAUUCAAGUGCUCACAGGCUGAGUGUGGCAAAGCCUUCGUCUCUAAGUAUAAAUUGAUGAGACACAUGGCCACACACUCCCCCCAGAAGACUCACCAGUGUGCCCAUUGUGAGAAGACCUUCAACCGGAAGGACCACCUGAAGAAUCAUCUGCUGACCCACGACCCCAACAAGAUCUCCUUUGUUUGCGAGCAGUGUGGCAAGAAGUACCACACCAUGCUGGGCUACAAGAGGCACCUGGCCCUGCAUUCGGCCAGCAGUGGAGACCUCACCUGCGGGGUCUGCGCUCUGGAGCUCGGGAGCACCGAGGUCCUGCUGGUCCACCUCAAGUCUCACGCGGAAGAAAAGUCCCACCAUGCGACCAGGGAGAAGAAACACCAGUGCGACCACUGCGAGAGAUGCUUCUACACCCGGAAGGAUGUGCGUCGCCACCUGGUGGUCCACACAGGAUGCAAGGACUUCCUGUGUCAGUUCUGCGCACAGCGAUUUGGGCGCAAAGACCACCUCACUCGUCACACCAAGAAGACCCACUCUCAGGAGCUGAUGCAAGAGAGUGUGCAGGCAGGAGAGUGUCUGAGCACCUUUCCUACCAUUGCGCCGCCAUUCCAGAUGAAGGCUGCUGCCAUGCCUCCUUUCCAGUUAGGGGUGCCCGCCCAGAAUGGGCUUGCCGGUGGCUUGCCACCUGAGGUUCAUGGUCUAGUGCUUGCUCCGCCAGAGCCGAUCACUCAGCCUAUGCCAAUGCCAGAGCAGCUUGUUACUCUGCACCCUGGGGUAGUUCCAGCUUCUCCUCCCCAAACACUCCAGGAUCUCAAGUUCAGUCCUGGUUCUACCUCAUUUGUUCCACUUGCAGGCCUGCCAAUUAAAGCAGAUGGCAAAGGCUUCUGCAACGUGAGUUUCUUUGAGGAAUUGCCUCUGCAAGAGCCUCAGGGGCCUCUCAAACUCAACCCAUGUUUUGAGAUGGCUCAGGAGAGCAUUGGGAAAGUCACCUUUCCCAAAGAGCUGCUGGUAGAUGCUGUGAAUAUAGCGAUUCCUGCCUCUGUGGAGAUUUCCUCCCUGUUGGGGUUUUGGCAGAUCCCCCCACCUCCCCCCCAGAAUGGUUUUGUGAAUAACACCAUCCCUAUGGGGCCUGGGGAACCACUGUCCCAUACCAUAACUUGUCUGGCGCAGCAGCAGCCACCAACGCUGCCGCCUCCACCACCACCACCGCUGCCACCGCAGCCGCAGCUGCAGCCACAGCUGCAAUCACACAUGCAAACACAGAUGCAACCACACAUGCAACCACAGAUGCAGCCUCAGACACAGGCACCACAGAUGCAGCCAAUGCUGCAGCCAAUGCCGCAGCCAAUGCCGCAGCCAAUGCCGCAGCCAAUGCCGCAGCCAAUGCCGCAGCCAAUGCCGCAGCCAAUGCCACAGGCAAUGCCUCAGGCAAUGCCGCAGCCAGUGGUGCAGCCAAUGCCACAGGCAAUGCCACAGCCAAUGCCACAGCCAGUGGUGCAGCCAAUGCCACAGGCAAUGCCACAGCCAAUGCCACAGCCAAUGCCGCAGCCAAUGGUGCAGCCAAUGCCUCAGCCAAUGGUGCAGCCAAUGCCACAGCCAAUGGCACAGCCAAUGCCUCAGCCAGUGGCUCAGCCAAUGCCACAGCCAGUGGCUCAGCCAAUGCCACAGCCAAUGGCACAGCCAAUGCCUCAGCCAGUGGCUCAGCCAAUGCCACAGCCAAUGGCGCAGCCAAUGCCACAGCCAAUGGCGCAGCCAAUGCCACAGCCAAUGGCGCAGCCAAUGCCGCAGCCAAUGCCGCCACAGGCAAUGCCGCCGCCAAUGCCACAGGCAAUGCCACCGCCAAUGGCACCGCCAAUGGCACCGCCAAUGGCACCGCCAAUGGCGCCGCCAAUGUCGCCGCCACUGUCGCCGCCACUGCAGCUGCAGCCAAUGCCGCAGCCAGUGGUGCCACAGCCGCCACCAAUGCCGCAGCCACCACAGCUGCAGCCAAUCCCGCAGCCACCGCAGCUGCAGCCAAUGCCGCUGCCGCAGCCAAUGCCACAGCCGCUGCCACAGCCAAUGCCACAGCCGCUGCCACAGCCGCAGCCACAAGAAGCCCAAAUAGUGAGCGCUGUGAAUCUGGGUCAGCUCCCGCUACCCCCUAUCCCCCACGUUUUCACAACUGGCACCAACACUGCUAUACUGCCCCAUUUCCAUCACGCUUUCAGAUAAAUUGAUUUUUAAGAAGGCGUUUUUCUCGCGGGAGAUGUUUUAAGCAUCAGUUACAGUUUGGAACAUCCAUUACACUUUGAGGGGAAGCGUAGGACAGCAGGAUGGGGCUUUAGCUUUACCCGCGAUUGCUAGCUUGAGAAAAAGAAUACCCUUAACUGCAUGCAUUGUGCCAAUAUAUAUCCUUAGUAUUCAUGCUUUGUACCAAAUUUAGUGAGCGCGUGCGUACUCUGUAAUCGAACUGCAAAUAUUAUCAUGUUAUUAUCAUAUUAUUAUCCUCAUAUUAUAUCCUCAUUGUUGUGAAAUCACAACAAAGAUCCAAAACGACAGCUGCUAUUUUGUAAAUAUCGUGUUGAAUGUUGUUGGAAUGAUGUUAACUAAGUGUAGCACUGCCUAGGAAGUACAUGAUGGAAAGGCUUGGGUUUCUCCACCUUGGAAGAUGUUUUAAAGAGAAGAGGGUAAAUAUCUGUAUGGCAUUUAUAACUAGGCUGUGUGUGUGUGUGUGUUGUGUGUUUCUUUUCAGGGACUCUUAGGGUGGGGUGUAGUUUUAGUUACUCUUCUCGUAGCCUACUUUGUAGUUUGUAGAAGUUCUUUGUGAAUCUAUCAGUUUCCUCAAUUUUAAAGUGAAUGUGUAGUGUGGUUUUCAAUAUUUUUCAUGUGAUGUUGUUGAAAUGUGAGUUGUGACUUCAUUUAUCUUAAAGACAAAACAGAUUGUCAGUUAUAUCUGACUGGAAAAAAAAAUCACUGUGUAGCCAGCCAAUUUAAGUGAUGAAAUGAUCAAGGCAUCCAUCGAAAGUGUUUUGCUGACUCUAAUGCUCAUUGUGUUUUCAUCAGGAAUUCAAGAAAAUAUACUGGAAUUAAAAAAAAAAUAAGUGUGUUAGAUAAGAACCUUCUUUGCCUAGCUUAAAAUCCAUCUCAAGCUGCUGAGGUUCUAAAGUACUGUUUGUAAUCACCAAUAGAAAAAUGUAUCUGUAGUUGAUUAGUUUAAGUCGUUAGUUUGUAUCCCAAGAGGAUUGCGUUUUGCAAUGUAACUGUACUUGUAAUCUCCCUCACUGAUAUCUUGUUAAUCGAUUUUGAAAGUGUAAAACCUUACCUUGGAAGACUGUACUUCGUCUUGAGACUGUCUUUCCCAACAUAUAUAUCCUACAUACAAUAAACGUU